AUGGAUUGUUGCGAGGAAGAAAAGAUCAUGAAAAUACCAAAGUUACCCCUAUUGAACACUCUGCCAAUCAUUCAUUCACCAGAGAGACCAGGAACAAAAACUCCUCCAUUUCAUAUCACAGUAUCAGUUCCAUUUGGUUGGGAAGAAGAGCCAGGAAAACCAAAACCUUGUACCGAUCUUGUCACAUUCUCAAAUCCAACAGCUUUCAAGUGUUUGGAACUUCCUCCUAGGUUGUUGGAUGAUACAAAAGUUCCAUCACCUACAAUAGUCUUUGAUGGACCCUACAAAAAAGAUUGUAGUGGAACUGAAAAACUUGGGACUUUGAUCCUUAAGAAAGAAACGGGAGUAAAGAAAAAAGGGUUGUUUGGUAAUUGGAGGAAAAGGGUUAUUAACGUUAAAAAACAUGUCUUUUUGUCAUCUUCUGUUGAUAAGGAUAAUGAUAAUGUUAUUGUUGGUGACAAGAAUUUGAAGAUGAGGAAGAAGAUAAAACAUUAUAGUAGCUUUGAUAAUCCAUUUCAUGCCAAGUCUUCUAUUUGGACAAAGAUGUGUGAAAGAUGGAAGCGUGUGGUUGAAUGGAAGAGUGAUAAAGUGAACAAGAAUCAGUGUUGGUGGUUUUAG